CGGAUGGUAACUGUUGGGCAUUAUUAGUAGGGUGUGUUUGUUUGGGUGAUCGGAUUUUAAAUUCAUUAUUUGUACUAUUUUUUUUUUUAAAUAUUAAAUCAAUUAUUUAUUUUUAAUUUUUUAUAUUAUAUAUUUAUUUUUAAUUUUUUAUAUUAUAAUACUUAUUUAUAUCGCAUCCAGUUUCAAGAAGGUUAUCUCCCUCUCUCUCUCUUUAUAGAGAGAGUAUAUAUAUAGAGAGAGCCCAUGAAUAGGACUUAUUGUAACUGAUAGUGAUACAUCUUCAAAUCUCUCUCUCUCAUUCUCUCUCUUCUUGUACACACUCUCUUUUGAUUGAUUGAUUAUGGAUUUGGUGUUUGAUCCGAAGAGUGGAAGCCAAUUCUUGAUCGAAGCUGGUUUCUUCGACACCAUUUUAGAGAUCAAAGAAAAGAUCGAAAAGGAGCGCGGCAUUCCGGUCCCGAACCAAACCCUGAUCUUCAAAGGCAACGUCCUCCCCGACGAUCUCAACAUCCACCACUCCGACAUCGUCGACUUCUCCUGCAUCCGCCUACUGCUCCCAGGCGACGAACACGCUUCUCCUUCCAACAUCCGCCUCCUCCUCAAAAUGCCGGCCUCCAAGACCCCCGACGCCGUCGAAAUGGACAUCUCCGACACCGUCGCCAACCUCAAGGAGAAGAUUAAUAAGAUGGAAGGGGUGCCCACGAACCGACUCUCUAUCCGCGCCAACGGCGUUGAACUCGCCGAUCAAAAGACCAUGCAAGAUUGCGAGCUGUCGCAUAACUCGGAUGUGGAAGUGGUGGUGCGGCCCCCUCCGCCACCCCCGAUUCCGGCUUGCCUGCCGAGGAUGCUGAAGGUGUUUGUUUUGUCGAGCGACGGGAAGGGGAAAGUGUCGGUUGAAGUGAAUCCUUCGGACAAUGCAGGGGAGCUGAGGAAGAAGUUGGUGGCGAUGAAGGCGGAGGAGGAGGAGGAGGUGGAGGAGAUGGAGUUGGAUCUUCCGCCGGAUGGGUUCUUCUUUAUACACAAGCAAAAUGUGAUGGAUGACGAUAAGUCUUUUAGAUGGCACGGCGUGCAUCAAGGCGAUAUCAUCGAAAUUUUUGGCGGGAGUGUCUCCAGUAAAACAAAUUGAUUAUGAUGGAGCGUCGACGGUUUGAAUUCAUGAUUUUACAGAGAUUAUCUUUUACGUGACUGCUAAUGAGAAUUUUUAUAAUAGUAUUAAAAAGAUCUUUUAGAUAGAAAUGUGUAAAUUUAUGGGAAGUUUCUGUGAUAGUGUUAAAAGAUGUUUUAGAUGGAACGGUAUAAAUUCAUCUAAAAAUUUAUUUUUUAAGGGUAUUAGAAGUCUUUUU